CGAAAUCGUCGGACCCGUUUCUGUCUGUGCUGGAUGAUUACUAUCUCUACGUGUGUUGCUCUUUGGUUGUUUACGUUUCGGAUGGUUUCCACGUCCGCAGCUCGUGACUGAACGUCAGUGUUUCUGGACUAAAGUUUAAAUAUAAAACCAGAGUUUAACGUUAACCGGAGCUUCUUAAACAACCACUGACAGAAAAGAGCGACUUGUUGCCGGUUCAUGUAAGCUAACGUGUCGUUAGCUACAGAAGCUAACUGUUAUAAAAAAAAACUGUACUCUGAUCUUUGAGCUCCCUGCUGACGUCACUACGCCCGAUCUGAACGAUGGCGAAUCCUUUGAGGGUCGAAGUGUUUCGACUCUAUAAAAACCUCCUCCACCUGGGCCGUGAGUAUCCUAAAGGAGGCGAUUACUUCAGGGACCGUCUCAGAGCGUCGUUCCUUAAGAAUAAAGGCGUCGCCGACCCGCAGCAGAUCAGCGAGCUGAUUGGUCGAGGAGAGUACGUGUGCAGAGAGCUGGAGGCGCUGUACUACCUGAGGAAGUACCGAGCGAUGAAGAAACGCUACUACGAGGAAUAAACACACGAACACACGUCUAUGAGGAACGAGGAACAAACACGUCUAACGGCUGAUCAAUGAGACGAUCGACUCAAAGACACUAAAGUUUAUUUUAAAAUCAUUCAAACUGCAGAUUUAAAGGUUUUAUUGUUUUUUUUCGAAGGACAGAAAAACAAAACACGAUCAAAUAAAAAAAAGUAAAAACAGACGAGUCGUCCUUCAUGAAGCAGGAAGUAGCUCUCAGGAGGUCAGAGGUGAGAGGGGGCGGGGUCAGCCAGGUUUGCUCUGCAGAUGGGACACGUGGUGUUCUCCUGUCAAUCAAGAUGAUGACGUCAUCAAACACACGAUUCAUAGAAAUGUAUUUUAUAAUCUUCAGAUUAAACAUUUUGUUUCACAUCACAGCUGAUCAAUCAAUAUAAAUAAUGUAGAUUAAAGAUGACAUUAAGAAAAUAAACGUUAUUUAAAUUGAUACAAAUAUGACGAAGAAAUUGAAAGCGAUGACGUGAGUUUGAUGUAAAUAAUUACUGAUGUCUCGUCUUCAGCAGCUAAUCAAUCAAACAGGAUCAUUGAUGCGAUCAUUGAGAUCAUUGAUGCGA